AAGAACGCACAUUUCAAAACACUAAAAAAGGCAAUUUGACACACAGGCCUCAGAGGGAAGCCGGGAGUGUUUGUCAGGGUGAUGAUGCUGAAUCACAGGGCAGACAGUGUCACUCUUUCUAUUAGUUAGCUGAGAGAUGGUGAACUCCAGGGAGGUAGACAGAUGACGCACUUUCACUCCUAUCAUUCUCCCUGCAUGCCGUCACUACAGGAGCACACAAGAUCAAGAAAUGCAAUUAACUGUCAAAGACAAGCAAGUCAUGGGCUACGAAAACACUCAUGAGAUUGCUCCAUACAUUUCGCCACAAACAAGCCGAGCAGGUUAGUGGAGGAAAGGAGACUAAUUUGCUAUAUGAAACGUUCAUAGAGUCAGAGGAUGAAGGAUGUUGCAGCUGUUCCCUUUUCUGGUUGCAUUACUGAUUAUUUUCAUAUUUGUGUCAGAUCAUUUAAGCACAUAAAUCUAAUCUACUAACACAAUUGCAUGCAAGAUACAGUUGCUGAAAGCAAGCUUGUUUUCCCACUAAUAAAAUCUCAACCGGUUGUGUUUCGCAGGAACCAUGGUGAGCAAGGACGCUGGUAAAUGCCCGCUCACCAACUCUGAGUCAGACUCGGAGGCAACGGCAGCAUCCAUGGCCCUGGAGGUCAAAGGAUCAUUGGAUGAAAGCCGGCAGGUGCGCAAGCGCAACAAAGCCCUUCAGGUGCGCUUCAAGGACAUCUGCGAGGCGCAGAAUGAACAGGCUGCUGCGGCCCGAGGGGAGAAGCCGGUCUACAAGGUGGCGUACCGCAAGUACAUGACUGUCCCAGCUCGUAGAUCAAUCCCCAAUGUCACCAAAAGCACCGGAGUGCAAACAUCACCGGACCUUAGGAAGCGUUACCAGACUUUUCCAUUUGAGAGGAAGAAAGGACAUACGGUCAAGCAUGCCGCUGUGGUGGAGAGCUGUAAGGACCAGGACGAUGGGUUUGUAAUUGAUGUAAAGAGGGCGAAAGCUACCGAGGCAGGUAGGGAGUGUGUACCCACUCAAAAUGUGAGGAAAACAAAAGCAUUAAUGCACACCAGCAAGUGUGUCGCAACCAUAGAGCAGCAUCCACAAGCCAGGGACUAUCUGAAGAGAACAGAUGGGCCUUGCUCGGACGCUCUGGUUCUCCCUUGUCCGACAGAUGGGUCAACAGCAGGUACAGAAAACUCGGACUAUCAGAUCUGUAGCGUCAGAAGUAAACACAGUAAGGGCUUUCAGGGAGACUCUGAAACUCUUGAUCGCUCAGGCAAGCUGCAUUUACUGAACUCUGGGGAGAGCGGUGGGAAUAUUCUAGAGGAUUCCUCCUCCAAAGUGACAGGACCCAUCGCGUGGAACUCCCUCACGCAGGUGGAGUGCCUGGAGAGUCCAUCCGAGCGGACCAAACGCAAGAAGACUCUGCAGCUCAAUGGCCUGCAGUCACAGACACUGCCACGGACCAGGUGCACUACGCAGGUCCAGUGUCACGUGGGCACGCUGUCCGCUCGACCGCUGGGGGCCGUGGAGGCGGCAGUGCCGUUGACCCCAGCCUCUUCUACAGCCGUUCCCAUGCCAGCGCCUCCAUGCAGGGGCGGCACAGGAUCAGGAACUCUACAGACUGAUAAUGAGGUGUGCAAGCAGAUAGUGCCUGUCAAUCAGGAUGGGGAAGUUAAAGCGCAGCUCCAAGCCAUGGAAAACAUGAUCAGCUCCAGCCAGGAAACCAUCAAAGUGCUACUGGGUGUCAUUCAGGAGCUGGAAAAAGGAGAAGCUCACCGAGAAGGGCUCUCCUAUCGGACCGGACAGGACACGGCCAACUGCGACACGUGUCGGAACAGCGCAUGCAUUAUUUACAGCGUGGAGCUGGACUUUAAACUGCAGGAAGAUAAGCUCCAGCCUCUGAUGAAGAGACUGUGUCCCACCGAGGAGUCCCCGUUCCCCCCUCUGACGUAUCCUCAGGAGACCAUCGGCUCCACGCCCAAACGCAAGUCCAAAGCGGAGGCCAAGAAACACGCGCGCUGGAAACUCUGGUUUCUGUGACCGCUGGAUUACAUACACAGCUUCCCAUCAUAUUUUCAGUACAGGAGUUCAGCAACAGAAUGCAUCGCUACAGGAGCAUCUGUUCACUUGCUUUGUUUUCCGAUCAGGAUGAUUCAGGAAAAUCCUAUCAGAAUGAUUUUGGUUUUUGACCCUUUGGUACUUUAUGGAUGCAAGUACUGAACUAGGUUUGGAAAUAUUGCAGCUAGUAUUAAUAUAUAAAAAAUAUGUGUAUAUUUAACAGAAUAAUGGAAUUUUCUCCUGGAAAAAAAAGGAAUAAUGAGACUAUUUCCCUCAUGGAAACUGGAUCGAUAAAAAAUCUUGCUUUGCAAAGUUUUUUUUUUUUUUUUUUUUUUUUAUCCUGCUAAAGGUUUGGAAAAUCAGAUGGAUUUAAAACACAAACAGGACACAAACUUUUUUUCUUCAUUUCGGUCUUCUCUUCCUCACGGAAACCACAGCAUUAAAUGGAAGCACAACUCUUCAGAUGCACUGGAUGAUGUUUCCCACAGAGGACUUUAUGGAUCUUACCCGAUAUCAAGAACGGAAAACUUACUCGAGGAUGUGAAUAUCAAACCGGUGAAGUCACAACAAACGCACUAUAGAGGAUUUAUACAGAAAUAAUCUUACAAGCCUCUGUGAAUUCAUAUAAACUUUCACUUACUAUUAUUACCAGGAAAAAAAAAAUAAGGAAGAAAAGUGUGACUUAUUUUUGUAGAUUCGUAAUAAUCAUAUUUAAAGAUUUUCUAGAUGCACUACAUGUAUAAACUUCUCUCACUUAUUGGAUUAUUGGAAUUUUAAGAAGCAUUUUCAACUCUGUUAAUUUGAAAUCAUUUAAUUCCAAUUAAUGUUCUUCUAUAGAGUGCAUUAGUGUCAUCCACUUUUUCAACAACGUUGGUUCUGGAAGCAAUUUUCCUUUCAUUUUCCCAUAGGGAUUUUAAAAAAAGUCUGUCAAAACAUUGCAAGCCAUAAAACAAACCAUCCAGCUACAACAUUACAAACUCUGAUUUGAAAAAAUUAAAUAUUUGAAAAUCGGAGAAAAAGGCAAAGAUGUGUGUACUUAAUGGCUUUAGGGAGGGAAAGGACUACAAUCCCAUGAAUCAUUGUGAAUUAGAUAAUCAAAUUAAAUAAGAAAAUAUAUAACUAUCCACUUGAAGUUGUUGAUCAGAAACAAUAUAUUUUAAUAUACAAUAUAAAAUAGUCUGCAAUCUUUUGGCGAGAUUUGCUCGUUGUGACUCUAUGAUUGGAAUUUUCUGUAAAGCAUCAUGGGUAAUGUAGUUUUGUUUUUUUGUUUUUACCAGAAAUCUCCACUGUUUACCAUGAUUAUUUAAAACAUAAGUUGAAAUUCUGCAGACUGAUGGCUCAAUAGCUUAUAUCACCUAUUAACAACUGAGUUUACAGUAGGUCAGAUCUAGCUAUAAAAAAAAGAAAAAAAAAAUGCACUUCCCUAUGGAGAAAAUAAAUGGCAUUCCGGAACCCAACUGUUGCACUCUAUUACAACUACAAGUGUAAACACCCACCAUGUGAAACAGUCACCAUAAAGCUGCAAUCACACUAGACUUGAUGAACUCUGAUCUGCAUAUAAAAUAAGCUGUUGCAGGAAUGUAGAUUACAUUAAUAUUUUAUUGAUUUUAAAUCUAUUUUUAAUUAAAAACCUAGCGUGUGACAUCACAUCCUGUCUAGUGCGACCGCACUCUCUACACCUGCACUGAAUCAAACAAUGUUCCUGGUGUGAAAAUGACAAGGAACAUCAGAGCAAAUAAGAUAUCCUGGAGCGUGUGUGUGUGUGUGUGUGUGUGUGUGUCUCACAGGUCUGAGAGAGUAAUGAGAGCAGUGCCAGCAUUCAGAAAGACUGUUGAGAACGGAGAGAAGAAAUGUAGUCACAGGUGAAGGAAAACACCAGAAAAAGAAAAUUUAUACUGCAUAAAGAAAAUUGAAAAGGUGAAAAAUGUAAAUGAAAUGGCUCUCAGAACCUAUUUUUUAUGACAUUAUUUUACGACAAUUAAACAGAUUUUGCUCCGAA